AUGCAACUCAGUGGCAGUAGCCAAGCCCAUGAAAGCUCCAACCAAGUUCAAGGCCCAGCCCAUGGUCAGCCAGCCAGCCCGCCAGCCAGCCAGCCCAGCCCGCCAGCCAGCCUAGCCAGCCCAGCCCGCCAGCCAGCCCAGCCAGCCCAGCCCAGCCCAGCCAGCCCCGCCCAGCCAGCCAGCCAAGCCAGCCAGCCAGCCCAGCCCAGCCAGCCCAGCCCUGCCCAGCCAGCCAGCAAGCCAAUUCAGCCCAGCCCAUGGCCAGCCAGCCAGCCCGCCAUUGGUUGUAAGGACAAAGCUACACAAAGAAAGCUUCUUAGUGAAUCAGAGCUUACAUUUGAUAAAGCGUUGAAAGUAGCCAUGGCCAUGGAGAUAGCUAAUAGAGAUGUUGAACAAUUGCACUCCAGUGACAAUGGUAGUGAAGACAAAGAGGUUCACCAGUUAAGAACCACGCAGAUGAAAGAAAGGUCUUCAAGCAAGUGGAAUUCCAAGCUUACUGAGAAGGAAAAGCCCACAGCCCCAGAGGGGAAAGGAGAAACCGAUCCACCUACUGACACCUCUCACAGAGGAGUAGUAAGGGUAGUGGACAGUGGGAGUCUAGCCACCAACGGGCAAAGACCCCGAAAAAGGCCAACAACAGCACAGAGCUUCUCAGAAGCCGAGCUUAGCAAGACGGGUCCCGAAACAAAAAGGGAACCGGAACACCAGAAAAGUGCAACUGAGUCCAGUCAAGACACCCCUAGGGCAGGGGCACAGCCCCCACCAGACCCCUGGGUGCCUGAUGGACUUCACAGUCGAAGUCACAAUCGGAGACUCUACAUCUUAAAGCAAACGCUUCCUACCUUACGCCGAAAGGUCGGGUGA